UGUAAACAUGAAUCUCAAGUUUGUUUGUACUUUGAUCUUUUGCAUAUGCAUGCACAACGCAUGUGAAGCAAAAUCUGUAGCUCUUGGAGCUUCACACCUGUCUGGAUCAGAUGAGAAUAACUACCUGCUUAACAAUUUUGAAGUUCUAGUGGCGAUAAAUGAGUGGACAACCCCUGAAAACACGGAAAUUUUCUCUGGAGAAAUAGAGUCGCGUAUCCAUGCUGGCAGUGAAGGACGGUCAAUGAUGCCAAGAAAGAAAAUCAAUCUUGUGCAUUCUGGCGAAAAAUCAGACGAAGAACCACCAAUAAUCAGAGUAACAAUAUAAAGAACGUUUUUGUUAAUGAUCACUAAAUAAAAUUUUUGAAAACAAUAAA